AUGGCUCUACCCGGUCAACGUAAGGUUGCUUUUGGAUUCGAAAAGGCCUCACUAUUUAAAAGAAUAAUUGAAGCCUCUACAUCAAUGAAUUUGAAGUUUUAUGACAGAUUCUACGCGCCCAACCUUUUAGCGUAUUAUUUCACCUGGAUCGCAACUGGACGAUGCUUUCCGGAGCAACGUGCCGGAACAUGGCAACGUCAUAAAUUACGAGACACCGGGGAAAUGGCCGUACGGAAGCGACCAAAAGCGCUGACAGAGCCGAGUCAGAGCCGAGGCCUACCGAUGGGAAUCCCGCGGCCCGCCGCCAAGACCCAUCCGAUUUCGACCAAUAAUGAGCAACAUGUUUCAGGAAAUUCUUCUUUCGCACACAAAGGCGGAAAUUUUGGUGAUAAGCGACCCGCUCUUGCACCGCCUAAACUCUUAGUUUCAUUCCGGAUAUCGGUGGUAAAACACUUUGCGACGCUCACUAGCAAAUCCAUCAGGCAGUUCUGUUUUUGGGCCGCAGUCUAUCAAAAUGGGAGCUGUCAGGAAAAUCAAGACGAAGCGCAGGACCAGGUCCGAGCUGAUAUCGCAUCCGCGAGACACCUCGAGCUGUACAAAGCUACGAAAGACGAGGAGGACCUUCCCGGCCUAGGAAAGCAUUACUGCGUCGAGUGCUCCAAAUGGUUUGAGAGCGAGCAUAACAAGGUCGCCCAUACGAAGGGCAAGAACCACAAGAGAAGACUCCGCAUCUUGCGCGAAGAGGCACACACACAGAAGGCUGCUGAGGCUGCUGUCGGCUUGGGUACAGACAAUGGUGUGAGAUCGCAAGAGACCACCGAGAUGGUCAUUAUGGAGGAUUAG